GAAUCGUGCGUCUCCACGAGCGAAGAAAUAAUCGCGCGCACCAGUCGAACGUUGACUUGCGUACGCGUCGGAUCAUCUUUCUCUGUAUGGUGGCGCAUGAUCGUCGUCGUGCGCAAACCGUACUUUGAGACGGAAACUAUCGAACAUCUUUCUUAAAGGCAUCAGGCCAAAAGUCGGGUGCAGUUAAAGAAAAUCGAAUUCGAAUAUUUAGUGCCAUUUGAAGAAAAAGUUUCGCAUCGCAAAAGUGUAUCACAGUAUAGUUGGGCAGGAGCACCUUCCUCGGUCGUAAAGGAGUCUCACUGCAGCAUUCUAUCAGUUUGUGUGGAAGUGGAAAACAAAAGUUAGCCCACGGGGUAUUGAUUAGCAGAACAGGGCGCUAGUAGUGACGCCAUUUUGCACCAUCCACUAAUCAACGAAGGCAGGAACACCCUUACCGCGAGAGAGAGAUUAGUUAGACACACGUACACGGCCGUUAGUACUAAGGAGGCAUCAUAGUUACGCAAUUCUGUUGCAACCGGUUGCAAACAGUUCUCUGCCGUGGUCACGCACCUCUCUUCCCUCUGUUGGGAAAACUCCAAUAUAGCUCCUGCGGUGGUUGUUAGUCUCCCCCCUGGCGCAGUGUCGCGUUUGUCCGUAAUUGGUUUAAUUGGAAACGUUUGCAUAAAACUUUCUACCGAGGGCCAGUGCAGUCGUCGGGACACUGUCGUUUGUCCGAGUAACGUCUAACGUCGGGUGUAAGUGAUUUCUCCAAUCAGGACACUGUGUUUCGGUACCCUUUGGAGGGUAGAAUUUGGACAAGAAUAUACUCUACCGGCGUGUGUUAAGUGGUGUUUAUCAAGAUCUUUAACAUACACACGAUAAGAUGGAGAUUUGGUUGGUGUGUUUGGGGCUUUUCCUCCGAUUGCUGAACGUGCUGCUGAAGCCGAUCGUCGCGUUUAUCGGUGGUCCGAAACGUAGCACCCCAUUUCCGGAGAUACGCAACGAAAUGCUCAACAUUCCGGCAGUCGAUCUGGCCGAACGGAUACGCAACAAGGAGCUUCGAUCGGAAGAUGUUGUGCGUGCCUACAUUGAUCGCAUCCGUGAGGUGAAUCCACUGAUCAAUGCCGUGGUAGAGGAACGCUUCGGUGCCGCAAUCGAGGAAGCACGCAAAGCGGAUGUGCUGAUCAGCGAAACGCAACCACUGUGGUUGAUUAAAAACUAUCCACUGCUCGGUGUGCCGUUCACGGUGAAGGAAUCCUGCGCAUUACGCGGUGCUCCCAUCACCGGUGGUUCGCUGGCCAGGAAGGGUGUGCGGGCGAUCGUGGAUGGAGAAGCGGUGGCACAUCUCAAGGCGGCCGGUUGCAUUCCACUGCUUGUGUCCAACACUCCUGAGUACUGCUUAAACUGGGAAUCGUACAAUCAUCUGACGGGUCGUACACUCAAUCCGUACGAUAAUCGACGAACGGCGGGUGGUUCCUCUGGUGGGGAGGGAGCAUUGAUCGGUGCCGGUGCAUCGUUGUUUGGGGUUGGAAGUGAUGUCGCUGGAUCUAUCCGUGUGCCAGCCCACUUUAAUGGUAUCUUCGGACAUAAACCAACCGCAGGCGCUAUCUCCAUCGAUGGUCACUUUCCGAUGUCCACUGACGAAAAGUUCGCCCGGCUGCUGACGGUUGGACCAAUGGCACGGUAUGCAAAGGAUCUGCCAACGCUUCUGCACAUUAUGGCUGGCCCGAAUGCGGCCCGACUGAGGCUCGACGAGUCCGUACAUACGAAGGACAUACGCAUUCUGUACGCCGAGGAUAUGGGGUUCAAUCUGGGCCACGUGCCGGUGGACGACGAUAUCAAGAUGGCGCUGUAUCGAGCUGUACAGUACUUCAAGGGUCACGGGCUGGCGACGGAACGGGCCGAGUUUGACCAUAUGCCGGAGGGAAUGGAGCUUGCGUUUAGUGUGCUGCAAUCGCUGGAGGAUGUGCCGAGCAUCUUUCACAAUCCAGACAAUCCGAAGGCUACCCCCAACCUAAUGGUGGAGCUGGUACGGUGUGCUCUCGGUCAGUCGCAGUACACCCUCGCCGGUAUCAUGUUCUAUGUGAUAUUCGGGCUGAAGAAUUUCUUCUCCGCUGAAGCUCUGGAGAACUAUCUAGAGCUGGCGGCGGCAAUGCGCAGGCAAAUGAUUGAAACACUCGGCACCGAUGGGGUGUUCUUCUUUCCCACCUAUCCAACAUCCGCAAUACGUCACUACGAAUCGUUCGGACACAUAAUGGGUGUUGGCUACACGAUGCUGUUCAAUUCGCUCGGUCUACCGGCCACACACGUGCCGCUAGGGCUCGAUCGUAAUGGACUGCCGAUCGGCAUACAGGUUGUGGCUGCACCGUAUCAGGAUCGGUUAGGACUUUGUAUUGCACGCGAACUGGAAGCGGCGUUCGGUGGCUGGCGGACACCAAAGUGAAGCGUAUCAUCACGUUCCUUAGUUGAUGUUGUUAUUGACCGCAGAGCGGUUCUUCUGAAGCAAGGGUAGAGCGGGAUGGGUGAAACCAAAUUGGUUUAGUGAGCUGUACACGUUAUGGUAUAAGUAAAUAAAAAUACCCGUUCUGUGGGUUGUGAUUUUUCGGUCGUUUAUUUAA